AUGUCUACCUAUGCUAUCAUUGGUUCUACCGGUAACUGUGGCACCGCCCUUCUCGACGUCCUAUCGCGGGAUUCCACGGUAACGAUCCGCGCGUAUUGUCGCAGCCGGGCUAAACUCUUGGCCUUGUCUCCUGCUGCUGUCGACAAUAAGAGUGUCCAGAUCUUCGAGGGGGGUAUUGACGACAUCAACCUCCUGGCGCAGUGCGUGCAGGGAACGAAGGCCGUCUUCCAUGUUGUGAGCACCAAUACGAAUAUCCCCGGCUGUAAUGUUGGCCUGCAGACGGCCCAGACCCUCAUUGCAGCUCUGAAGCAACUUCGAACGGCGGACGGCGGCGUGAACUCGCUACCGAAGGUGGUGUUGCUGUCAUCAGCCACCAUUGAUGAUCACCUUUCGGAAAGGAUGCCGUGGUUUGUAAGGGCGUUCUUGUUGACCGCCUCCAAGCAUGUUUAUGAUGACCUAAAACGGACUGAGACAUUUCUACGCUCCGAGCAGGACCUCGUCACCACGAUUUUCAUCAAACCGGGGGGCUUGUCCGUGGACAAGCAGCGAGGUCAUCGGCUGGACCUCCACCACGAGGAGUCCUUCAUCUCGUACCUGGACCUGGCGGCGGCCAUGGUCGAAGCGGCGGACGACCCCGAG